CAGCGUUGUUGUCUUGGACACACCUCCAAAGCUCGUCUUCUUACCGGUGUUUUUCUGCUCUGCUCAGAGGAAGGGGACCUGAAAAUUGUGCAAAUAUAUCGUUUUCUGAAGCAAAUUUUUAUAAGGAUCUUGAUUUGUUAUGCCUAGGCUAGCCUCCCUUCAGUCUCUGUAUCGCCUGAGCAGUCGAUCCUCAUCCUUCCUACCAGCGGCGGCCAAUGUGAUCCCAUCUUCCUCCUACCAGUGGGGUCAACGACAUACCAGAUCAGUGGAAACCAUGGCUAGCAGUAAGCUCAAGGCAGCUGAACACCUGAAGGGGUUGGAAGGGAGUGUGUGGGUUGAAUUUGUAAAGCUCACAACAGAGGAGAAAGCUAUCAAUCUUGGUCAGGGUUUUCCAGACUUUGCUCCUCCCAACUCCGUCACGCAAGCCUUGACUGAGAUCCUCGCACCGGGUUCCAAUCCUCUUAUGAACCAGUACACAAGGUCAUACGGUCAUGCCAGGUUGGUGAAUGCCAUCGCAGCUAUGUACAGCAAGUUCAUUGGGCGUGAAGUAGACCCCAUGACUGGUGUACUGGUAUCGGUGGGUGCAUACGGGUCACUCUACUAUGCAAUCAACAGCCACGUCAACCCUGGUGAUGAGGUGAUCAUCAUUGAGCCGUUCUUUGACUGCUAUGAACCGAUGGUCAGGAUGGCUAGAGGUGUCCCAAGAUUUAUCCCUCUUAGACCGAAAAAUGAGGGCGUAACAUCAACCAGAGAUUUCUAUCUCGACACGGAGGAGCUUAAGGGUCUCUUCAACAAGAAGACGAAAGCCAUCGUCGUCAAUAAUCCCAAUAACCCACUUGGAAAGAUCUUCAGUGAAGAAGAGCUAACAGUGAUCGCUGACCUGUGCAAGGAACACGAUGUCAUGUGUAUCAGCGAUGAAGUCUAUGAACAUCUCGUCUACUCAGGCAACAAGUUCACAAGAAUGGCAUCCUUGCCCGGUAUGUGGGACCGUACAAUCACAGUGUGCAGCGCAGGAAAAAUAUUCAGUGCUACAGGGUGGAAGCUUGGAUGGAGCAUUGGACCCCAGCAUCUGAUCAAGAACAGCCAGACCCUUCAUCAGAACUGUGUCUAUAAUUGCCCAACACUGAUCCAGGAAGCCGUAGCUCGGGGCCUGGAGCUGGAGUUCUCCCGCCUGGGCCAGCCCGAGUGCUACUUCCUGGAGCUUCCGAGGGAGCUGGAGGAGAAGAGAAACAAGAUGGAAAAGGUCCUCAAAGAGAGCAGCUUCAUCCCCAUCAUCCCCGAGGGCGGUUACUUCAUGAUGGCCAAGUACGGUCAUCUGGGUGUGGAUGUAAGUGCAUACGGCGACGGGCCACAGGACUACAAGAUGGUACGCUACCUCACAAAAACACAGGGCGUAGCCACUAUACCCUGCAGUGCAUUCUACAGUGCUGAGCACAAGAGCCUAGGAGAGCCAUACAUCCGCUUCUGCUUCAUCAAGGAGGACUGCACCAUCGACAAAGCAGCUGAGAAGCUCAAAGCGUUCAGCAAGUCCCUAAAGGCUUAAACAAUGGCUGAGCACCUGUAACUGUAGAAAACAGAAUAGAGGAUAUUUUUUCUUUUUUGCUCAUGUAUAGACAUUGUAAUUAUACAAGAGUGUAAGGGCAGGCAUCACGGACGAGAAUCUUAGGCUGCAUCAAUUCUCCGGAUAAAGACAUGAAUAUACAAACGAGAAUACAAUUUGUUGAGCGGCAUUUAAAUAAUACCUGGCAUCUUUCAACAUUCAUAUUGGUCAUUGUUAUUUUUGGAGAAAUAAACAAGAACAAAAUCGACUGAAAAGAAAAUCUAAAAGGAGUCUGGUAAAUGAGAGUACAUCUCAACAUGGGCAACUCUAUGUGCGGCCAGAGAACGGACGCAGUUGGAGAUUCUCGCCCGUGAUACUGGCAUACAGGCACAUGUGGUGUCGUGUUGUCAAGUGCCAUAGGCUUCCAAUGUCCUUGUACUUUUCUUGGGUUACCGGUAUACAAGAACAUUUUUGUUAAAAGUUCCUGAGUGAUUGAUUUGAACAUGGCAAAUGAAAUUAGGAAUCACUUGCCUCUUUAAUAGCAAUCAUGGCUUCGUAACCUCAGGUCAGAGAAGAAAUUUGAAAGUAACUGCCAUUGAUGGAUU